AUGGGAGAGCAAACUUUAUGGGGGAGUAUGAAGCCCUAUAUGGCCAUGGUGUCUCUACAGUUCGGCUACGCCGGAAUGUACAUUAUCACCAUGCUUUCCUUCAAGCAUGGGUUCAGUCAUUGGAUUCUAGUCGUGUAUCGCCAUGCAUUUGCCACGAUAGUUUUUGCGCCUUUAGCAUUUUUUCUCGAAAGGAAAACAAGGCCUAAGCUAACUCUAUCAGUCUUUUGGAAGAUAAUGCUGCUUGGUUUCCUGGAGCCUGUGCUGGAUCAGAACUUGUAUUAUGUUGGAAUGAAGCUUACAUCAGCAACUUUUACAGCUGCUACUGCCAACGUUCUCCCAGCCAUCACCUUCAUAAUGGCCGUUAUUUUCAGGAUGGAGAAGGUUAACUUAAAACAGCUACACAGUCUGGCAAAGGUGAUUGGAACUGGAAUAACACUCUUAGGUACAAUGCUCAUGACAUUCUAUAAAGGCCCUGUAGUCGAUAUUCUUCCCCACUCACUAGGCGGAAGCCACCAUGAAAUCACCACCAGUGGCUCAGCCGAUCAGCACUGGGUCGCCGGCACAAUUAUGUUGCUUUCUUGUAUUGUGGGUUGGUCCGGUUUCUUUAUACUCCAAAAUAAGACACUGAAGGAAUAUCCUGCAGAGCUCUCUCUUACGUCAUUAGUUUGUUUCAUGGGGAUGGUGGAAGGUGGAGUUGUGGCUGUGAUAAUGGAACGCCAUACCAGUGCCUGGGCAAUUGGUUUUGACUCAAGACUUCUUGCUUCUGCAUAUUCUGGGAUUGUUUGCUCAGGAAUUGCAUAUUAUCUACAAAGUGUUGUCAACAAGAUAAGAGGUCCAGUGUUUGUGACCGCAUUCAGUCCUCUAAGCAUGAUAAUCACAGCUAUUUUGGGAUCCAUGGUUUUGGCAGAGCAAAUUCACCUUGGAAGCUUAAUAGGAGCAAUUAUCAUUGUGUUUGGACUCUACUCAGUUGUAUGGGGUAAGAGCAAAGAGAAUUCAAACUCAGACAAGUUAAUGUACGAGGAAAACAAGUCCCAUGAUGAAUUGCCAGUGGUGUACAAGAAAACAUCAAACAUUCUUGACAACGCCACAACUGACACUGAUGUAAAACCAGAUGUACGUGAGAAGAAUUCCUUAAAUCAAGAGCCAUGA